AUGCCUACUCCAUUCUUGCCUACGCGAGCAUUUCAAGCCUACCAGAUAUUUGCUGCCAACACCAAUGUGGGCAAGACCAUAUUCGCCACGGGUCUUUGCAGAGCUGCUGCUAUAGUAGCAAAGGAGAGCAACCGUGAUGUGUUUUAUCUCAAGCCUGUACAGACAGGUUACCCAGUUGACAGCGACGAAAGACAUGUCAAGACAUACCACAAUUCAUCCAUUCUCAAUUCUGACACAUUGUACACCUAUCCUGAUCCAGUGAGCCCUCAUAUUGCUACAGACAAACCUCCGCAUGAUAUGGAAGUGCUGGAUAAAGUCAAGCAGCAAAUGUUAGACUAUGUGCGACAACAAAAGCAGAAUGGUAGCUACUUUUUCCUGGAAACUGCUGGAGGCAUCCAUAGUCCUGUCAUGUCAGGAACACCCCAAGUAGAUUUCUAUCGAACCUUAAGAUUACCCACUUUGCUAGUCGGUGAUAGUAAUCUUGGUGGCAUCUCUACUACACUGACUUCCUAUGAAUCGCUCAACAUGAGGGGCUAUGAUAUCCCCACAAUUUUGCUCUUUGAUCAACCCAACUACAGAAACCAUGUUUUGAUUGGGGAUCGAGUCAAGGACAUUAUGGUCGCUACAAUUCCACCCCCACCUGCCCCAUUAGAGGACCCUGUCUUGGAGCAGCAAUCCAUGUCAAAAUAUUACGCACAAGUAGAUGAUUAUCUCGUACCUGUCAUUAAGCAUCUCGAUCUGAAACAUAUGGAGCGCUUUGACAGAUUGGAAACAAUGGCACAAAAGUCGCGAGACACCUUCUGGUGGCCAUUCACUCAACACGAACUUGUCAAAGAGGUCACUGUCAUUGAUUCUGCCCAUGAUGACUACUUUACUACGUACGACAAGGCAGGAAACCCCAAAGAAAUGUUCGACUCUUGCGCUAGUUGGUGGACACAAGGUCUUGGCCAUGCUAACCCUGAACUGACCAAGGCUGCUGCUUAUGCUGCUGGUAGAUAUGGCCACGUUAUCUUCCCUGAAUCAACGAAUGAACCGGCUCUCGCUUUGGCUGAAAAGGUAUUGGAGAAGGAUGAAUGGGCCUCUCGUGUUUUCUUUUCGGAUAAUGGAUCCACAGCCAUGGAGGUCGCAUUGAAGAUGGCCAUGAGUGCCACUGCUAAGCGCUAUGACUUUAGCAUCAAGGCUCCCGUUGAAAUUCUGGGCAUUGAUGGCAGUUACCAUGGCGACACUAUCGGUACAAUGGAUGCUUGUUCGCCCAACGUAUACAACGAGCAAGUACAAUGGUACGAACCCAAAGGCCAUUGGCUCAAGCCUCCCUCUGUCCAUAUUUCCCACGGUCGUGCUUAUGUCCGUCUCCCUGCCGAGAUUGCUCAAUAUCACAAGAAGGACAAGGUCUACUACAAUUCUGUCGAUGACAUUUACUCGGUUCAGGAACAAGGCCAAAAACGCGAUGAGACUUUGGCUGCAUCUUAUGCCAAUUACAUCCGCUCUGAACUCAAGUCGCUCAAGGAUCAAAAGCGCCGUAUUGGAUCUCUUCUGAUGGAGCCUAUUUUGAUGGGUGCUGGUGGCAUGAUCUUUGUAGAUCCUCUUUUCCAACGCACCUUAAUUGAUAUCGUCAGAAAUGAAGGAUCCCAACUGCUGUAUGGCGUGGAUGAAAGCUCAGCUAAGGGAUGGCAAGGAUUGCCUGUGGUUUUCGAUGAAGUCUUUGCUGGAUGGUAUAGAUUGGGCAAGAGAUCGGCUUCCGAAUUCCUGGGAGUGACGCCAGAUAUUACUGCUUAUGCAAAGACUCUGACAGGUGGGUUGCUGCCUUUAGCUUUAACCGUAACAAAGGAAUCCAUCUAUGAUGUAUUCUUGUCUGAGAACAAGCCCGAUUGUUUGCUACAUGGCCACUCCUACACUGCUCAUCCAAUGGGCUGCGCUGUAGCCAAGACCUCCAUUGAAAGCCUGGACAAAAUGGCUGUCGAAAAAUCCGGUGCCUGGGCUCCAUUCCGUGAUGCAUGGAAGGGCAAUAUUUGGUCCAUGUGGACACCCAAGACUGUAGAUCAGUUAUCCAAAUUGGACAAUGUGGAAAGCGUCAUGACAUUGGGAUCAGUGCUGGCUGUUGAAUUGAAGGAUGAUCAAACCAAGGGCUACGGCUCUUCUGUAUCCAAGUCCAUCAUCCAAUACUUGCGUUCAGGGCAAUUCAAGAAUGGCUUUGAUGGAACCACAGAAACUGGCGUCAAUUUGUUUGCUAGACCUCUCGGUAAUAUUGUCUACCUUAUGACAUCUCAGAUCACAACACAAGAGCGUGUGCAACAAUGUGAACAGGCAUUAUUAGAAACUCUAAAGAAUAAUUAA